UUUAAAGCCACAAAUUCCCGUAAGACCUUAGGUCUAUUUUUAUACCUCGUCUGUGGUUUCAUCGUAUGUACGAAAUAAUUUGUCGUUUGUUUAUGUCGGGGGUGUUGACAGUUAAAAGACAAGAAUGGCAGUCCCCUCAGUUUCUUUAUCAACUAGAAAUAAAAAGCACUUUUUAGGAGUACCAGCACCCUUAGGAUAUGUCGCUGGUGUUGGAAGAGGAGCUACCGGGUUUACAACCAGAUCUGAUAUUGGUCCAGCUCGAGAUGCCAAUGAUGUCUCAGAUGAUCGACAUGCUCCACCUACAAAGCGAACUAAAAAGAAAGAGGAAGAAGAAGAAGAUGAAGAAGAUUUGAAUGACUCUAAUUAUGAUGAAUUUUCUGGAUAUGGAGGCUCGCUUUUUAGUAAAGAUCCAUAUGACAAAGAUGACGAAGAAGCUGAUGCCAUUUAUGAGGCUAUCGAUAAGAGAAUGGAUGAGAAACGAAAAGAGUAUAGAGAAAAGAGACUCAGAGAAGAACUAGAAAGGUAUCGCCAAGAACGACCUAAAAUUCAACAGCAGUUUUCAGACUUGAAGAGAGAAUUGGUAAAUGUAACCGAGGAAGAAUGGAAAAAUGUUCCAGAAGUAGGUGAUGCUAGAAAUCGGAAACAACGAAAUCCACGGGCCGAAAAGUUCACUCCAUUACCGGAUUCCGUACUCGCCAGAAAUUUAGGAGGUGAAACAUCUUCCAGUAUCGAUCCUGGGAGUGGUUUGGCAUCAAUGAUGCCGGGUGUCGCUACGCCUGGAAUGUUGACUCCAACAGGAGAUUUAGAUUUAAGAAAAAUUGGACAGGCUAGAAAUACUUUGAUGAACGUUAAGCUGAAUCAGGUUUCUGAUUCUGUGGAGGGGCAAACAGUAGUCGAUCCAAAAGGCUAUCUUACCGAUUUGCAAAGUAUGAUACCUACAUACGGUGGUGAUAUCAAUGAUAUUAAGAAAGCCAGAUUGUUAUUAAAAUCUGUAAGGGAAACAAAUCCUAAUCAUCCACCAGCGUGGAUUGCAUCGGCCCGUUUAGAGGAAGUUACAGGGAAGGUGCAGGCAGCACGAAAUUUGAUAAUGAAAGGCUGCGAGGUAAAUCCUACAUCUGAAGAUUUGUGGCUGGAAGCAGCCAGGCUUCAACCACCAGAUACGGCCAAAGCAGUAAUUGCUCAAUCUGUACGGCAUAUACCGACCUCUGUUCGGAUAUGGAUAAAGGCAGCCGAUUUAGAGACCGAAACAAAAGCAAAGAGGAGAGUGUAUCGCAAAGCGUUGGAACACAUUCCGAAUUCGGUGAGGCUCUGGAAAGCAGCAGUUGAAUUGGAAGAGCCCGAAGACGCGCGCAUUCUACUCAGCCGUGCAGUUGAAUGUUGUCCGACGAGCGUAGAUUUAUGGCUCGCUCUGGCCAGAUUAGAAACAUACGACAAUGCAAGAAAGGUGCUUAACAAAGCAAGAGAGAAUAUUCCGACUGACAGACAAAUUUGGACCACAGCUGCAAAAUUGGAGGAGGCUAAUGGAAAUAAGCAUAUGGUAGAGAAAAUCAUAGAUCGUGCGAUCUCCUCGUUGAGCGCGAAUGGAGUGGAAAUUAACAGGGAACAUUGGUUCAAAGAGGCCAUGGAGGCUGAGAAGGCUGGCGCGGUACAUACGUGUCAAGUUAUUGUUAAAGCAAUCAUUGGUUUCGGUGUAGAAGAAGAGGACAGGAAACAUACAUGGAUGGAAGAUGCAGAAGCUUGUGCCCAACAAGGCGCAUUGGAGUGUGCCAGAGCUGUUUAUGCGUACGCGUUGUCAGCGUUUCCUAGUAAAAAAUCAAUUUGGCUACGCGCAGCUUAUUUCGAGAAAACGUACGGCACGCGAGAGUCUUUGGAAUCAUUACUUCAAAGAGCAGUCGCUCACUGUCCUAAGAGCGAAGUACUUUGGCUGAUGGGUGCGAAAUCAAAAUGGUUGGCUGGCGAUGUUCCAGCAGCUAGAGGUAUUCUGUCUCUCGCGUUUCAAGCGAAUCCAAAUUCGGAGGAGAUUUGGUUAGCGGCCGUGAAGUUAGAAUCUGAGAACUCGGAAUACGAGAGAGCCCGACGAUUACUGGCAAAGGCCAGGGCAUCCGCGCCGACUCCUAGAGUAAUGAUGAAAAGUGCCAAAUUAGAAUGGGCCUUGAACAAUCUUGACGCAGCCUUGCUCCUUCUUAAAGAGGCUCUGGAAGCAUUCGACGAUUUCCCUAAGUUGUGGUUAAUGAAGGGUCAAAUCGAAGAGCAGCAAGGAAAUUUGGAUAAAGCCCUAGAUACAUACAAUCAAGCGAUAAGGAAAUGCCCGAGUUCCAUUCCAUUGUGGCGUUUACUGGCACAGCUAGAGCACAGGAAAGGUCAAGUUACAAAGGCUCGUUCGGUUUUGGAAAAGGCACGUCUGAAAAAUCCAAAGAACGCAGAUCUCUGGCUAGAAGCAAUCAGAAACGAACUAAAAAUCGGCGGUGUUAGAGAUAUGGCAAACACAUUAAUGGCUAAAGCUCUACAAGAAUGUCCCACGUCAGGAUUACUUUGGGCAGAAGCAAUCUUCAUGGAACCACGACCACAGAGGAAGACUAAAAGCGUCGAUGCUUUGAAAAAAUGUGAACACGAUCCUCAUGUACUCCUCGCGGUAUCCAAAUUGUUUUGGUGUGAACAUAAAAUUACGAAGUGUAGAGACUGGUUCAAUAGGACAGUAAAGAUAGACCCGGAUUUAGGAGAUGCGUGGGCAUAUUUCUAUAAAUUUGAACUUUUAAAUGGAACCGAGGAACAACAAGAAGACGUAAAGAAACGAUGUAUUGCUGCUGAACAGACCUACCGAUUCCAAUAUAAUAUACGCUAA